AUGGAGGAGGUCUACGUCUUCGGCGACCAAACAGCCGACUGCAGGGCGUUCUUCACCAAGGUCUUCUCGAGGAAGGACGAUGUCAUCCUACAGAGUUUCCUCGAGAGAGCUGGUGAAGCCGUCAGAGUCGAGAACCGAGCCCGAUCCCAUCCUUCAAAAGCAGUUCCUAAUUUCUCUACCAUUCAAGAAUUAGUCGAUCGUUACUACCGAGGCGAAGCCAAAGACGCCGCCGUCGAGAGCGCUCUCGUUUGUAUUUCACAAUUCACUCAUUUCUUUGGUGCUUUCGAAGAGAGAACACCAUCAUACAUUCCCACUAACGUCGACGCGCGGUUGGUUGGUCUAUGUACCGGUUUAAUCGCCGCCGCCUCGGUCGCCUCUUCAGAUUCUCUUACAGCUUUGCUCCCCCUGGCUGUCGAAGCCGUUCGAAUUGCGUUCCGAGCAGGUGCUCAUGUGGGCAGAGUGGCAGAGCAGAUCGAUUUCGACUCCAAACCUCAAUCUUGGUCAACCAUUGUAGCUGCGGACGAGAAGUCGGCCCAGGCUGCACUGGAUGCGUUUCAUAAAGAGAAGGGCACAUCACCAACAAACAAAUUGUGGAUCAGUGCCUCUUCGGCCACAUCGGUCACCAUCAGCGGACCUCCAUCGACCAAAGCCUCGCUGUUCGAAGAUUCGGAGUUCUUCCGCACCCACAAAAAUGCCCCUGUGUCCAUCUACGCGCCAUACCAUGCUUCCCACCUUCACUCACAAGCAGACAUCGAGAAGAUCCUGCGUCCCCAGACAAAGGCCAUUUUCGGGAACACAACAGUUAGAUACCCAGUCUGCUCCAGCGUCACUGGCAAGCCUUUCCAGGCACAGAACGGUUUCGAAUUGCUGCAGAGUGCCCUGAAAGAGAUCGUGAUUGAACCCCUGAGAUGGGACAAGGUUCUGAAAUACUGUGCAUCAGCCAAGGCAGAGGAGGCUAAAGUGUUCGCGGUUGGCCCUACCAAUCUCGCCAGCAGCGUCGUCUCCGCCCUGAAAGCCAAUACUGCAAAGGUCACUCUCGAAGACCAGUCACACUGGUCGACGGUCCCUCCUGCGGGAACACAGCACUCCAAGAAAGAGGCCGACAUCGCAAUUGUCGGUUACGCUGGCCGCUUCCCUGAUGCCGCAGACAGCGAGCACUUCUGGGAACUCCUCGAGAAAGGUCUCGAUGUGCACAGACCAGUUCCCCCUGACAGGUUCCCGGUGGAUUCUCACACUGACCCAACCUCCAAGAAGAAGAACACCUCUCAUACACCGUUCGGAAACUUCAUUGAGAAGCCUGGUCUAUUCGACGCCAGAUUCUUCAACAUGUCACCUCGCGAAGCAGCACAGACCGAUCCUAUGCAGAGACUGAUGCUUGCCACUGGCUACGAGGCCAUGGAAAUGGCAGGUAUUGUCCCAGGACGGACUCCCUCCACCAAACACGACAGAAUUGGUACCUUCUAUGGCCAAACGUCCGACGAUUGGCGUGAGGUCAACGCCGCACAGGAUAUUGACACGUACUUCAUUUCCGGUGGUGUGCGAGCCUUCGGUCCUGGCCGUAUCAAUUAUUUCUUCAAAUUUUCAGGCCCUAGCUUUUCGGUCGACACUGCAUGCUCGUCCAGCUUUGCUGCGAUGAACGUCGCCAUCACGUCCCUGCGAGCCAACGAAUGCGACACUGCAUUCACUGGUGGUGCCAAUGUGCUCACCAAUUCUGAUAUUUUCUCUGGUUUGAGCAGAGGUCACUUCUUGUCCAAAACCGGGUCGUGCAAGACGUGGGAUAACGAUGCUGAUGGCUACUGCCGUGGUGACGGUGUUUGCACCAUCAUUUUGAAGAGACUCACAGAUGCUGUUGCCGACCGGGAUCCUAUCCUUGGUGUCAUUCGCGGCAUUGGUACCAACCACUCGGCAGAAGCCGUUUCCAUCACGCAUCCUUGUGCAGAGAACCAAGUUUACUUGUUCGACAAGGUGCUCAAGGAAUGCAAUGUGCCCUGCAACGAUGUCAACUACGUCGAAAUGCACGGAACAGGUACCCAGGCAGGUGAUGGUAUCGAAAUGGAGUCUGUCUCUACCGUCUUUGCCCCGCGACAGAACCGCAGAAGACCGGACCAGCCUCUCUACGUCGGCGCUGUCAAGUCCAACAUCGGUCACGGAGAAGCCGUCUCUGGCGUGUCUGCCCUGAUCAAAGUCAUUUUGAUGUUGCAGAAGAGCAAGAUCCCGCCACACACCGGUAUCAAGAAGCAAAUCAACAAGAACUUUGCGCCCGACUUGAAGGAGCGCGGUGUAAACAUCGCCUUCAAGACCACCCCCUUCCCCAGACCCGCUGGUGGCAAGCGAACCGUGUUCAUCAACAACUUUAGUGCAGCUGGUGGUAACACGGCAUUGCUGCUCCAAGACGGUCCUGAGGUGCCCGCAGAGCCUACUUCAGACCCUCGAUCUACCCAGGUAGUGACUGUCUCCGCCAAAUCGCUGGCAGCGUUCAAGAAAACAGUGGCCAAGUACGAGGAAUACCUCAGCAAGAACCCCAACGUUGGCCUUACUGAUUUGGCAUACACCACGACCGCGCGUCGAGCCCACUACAACUAUAGAGCGGCCUUCCCGGUGCAAUCUAUCGCGCAACUGCAGGCAGCCUUGAAGGCCACUCAAGAUCAGACGCACAACCCGAUCCCUCUGGCCUCGCCUCAGAUCGCCAUGGCUUUUACCGGCCAGGGCUCUCAGUACACCGGCAUGGGUCAGAAACUAUUCGAGACCUCCAAGCAGUUCCGCGGAGAUAUCGAAGAAUUCAAUGAAAUUGCUCUUCGCCAGGGUCUGCCCUCGAUCAUGCCUCUGAUUGACGGAUCAACUGAGGUGCAGCAUCUGCCACCCACGGUAGUUCAACUCGGAAUGUGCUGUAUCCAAAUGGCUCUCACACGUCUCUGGGCCACAUGGGGUGUCACCCCCAGCGUUGUGAUUGGUCACUCUUUGGGUGAAUAUGCCGCCCUGCAAGCUGCCGGUGUUUUGUCUGUCGCCGACACCAUCUACUUGGUCGGCAAGCGAGCCCAGCUCCUUGAGCAAAAGUGCACUGCUGGCACUCAUGCCAUGCUUGCUGUCCGCUCUCCGGUGGCGGGUCUGCAGGAUGUCGUCGCCAACAGCCAAGGCAAGAUUGAGAUUGCUUGCAUUAACGGUGUCUCCGAUACUGUGCUCUCUGGCACCAUGGGCGACAUUGAUGCCGUUGCUCAAAAACUGGCUGAUGCUGGCCAGAAAUGCACCAAGCUUAAGUUGCCAUUUGCAUUCCACUCGUCUCAAGUCGACCCCAUCUUGGCGGAUUUUGAGAAGCUGGCAUCGUCAGUCAAAUACCACGCACCUCGUGUUCCGGUCAUCUCACCUCUUUUGAGCGACAUUGUCAACGUCGGCGGUGUUUUCGACGCCUUCUACCUGAGCAGACACUGCCGCAAGACUGUCGACUUUGUUGGUGGUCUCUCUGCCGGCAUGUCGACUGCCACGAUCAGCGAUACCUCCCUCUGGCUCGAGGUUGGUGGACAUCCUCUGUGCGCAAGCAUGAUAAAGUCGUGUUUGUCUGCCCCGACUCUACCGACCAUGCGCCGUGAUGAGGAUCCUUGGAAGAUCAUCUCUACCUCCAUGGCUGGUCUGUACACAGCUGGAAAGGCCCUGAAUUGGGAUGCCUUCCACAAGGAGAACGAAUCCCUCCGCGUCCUGAACGAUAUGCCAACCUACGGUUAUGACGAAAAGAAUUAUUGGCUCCAGUAUACCGGAGAUUGGCUGUUGUACAAGGGUGAUUAUCCCAAGAGUGUGGCUCCUGCUGUCGCCGCCCCCGUAUCCAGCGGACCAGCGAAGGCCAGGAAAUACCUCUCCACUGCAGUGCAAGGAAUCGUCUCCGAGGAGAUCAAGGGCAAAGUUGCUACAAUUAUCGCCGAAUCCGACUUUGCCCACCCCAAGCUUUUCCCUGUCGUCGCUGGUCACUUGGUCAAUGGCAGUGGUCUCUGCCCAUCGACCUUGUACGCCGAUAUGGCCUACACCUUGUGCAACUACGGUGUCAACCUCAUCAAGCCAGGUGAGAAAGUUGACAUCAACAUUGGAACCAUGGACAACCCUGCUCCUUUGCUGCUCAAGAACAUCAACGAGCCUGAAAGCCAGAUCGUGCGCAUGACCAUGAAGAUUGAUCUCGACGCCAAGAAGGCUGACUUCACCGUUACCACCAACAAUGGCAAGAAGGAUGUUGUCCACGCCAAGUGCGUGCUUCGCUUCGAAGACGCCGCCGCUUGGAAGGACGAGUGGAACAAGGUCUCUUACCUUGUUCAAUCCCGGAUUGACAUGCUCAAACACAAGAUGGAGAACGGGGAGGCCGACAAGGUCAGCCGAUCCAUGGCGUACAAACUCUUCGGAGCUUUGGUCGACUACUCUGAUGUCUUCCAAGGCAUGCAGAGCGUCAUCUUUGACGGUCCCGAGUUUGAGGCAACCAGCAACAUCAAGUUCCGUGCUGGUCCCAACGACGGAGACUUCUACUUCAGCCCCUACUUCAUCGACAGCGCUUGCCAUCUGUCUGGCUUUACCGUCAACGCCACUGUUAACCGCAUGGAAGAAUGUUACAUCUCUCACGGCUGGGGCAGCCUCCGAUUCCUCGCUCCCCUUGAGCAAGACAAGCAAUACUUUGCCUACGUCAAGAUGCAACCUGUUGCCGGAAGCAAGAUGCGCGCUGGUGAUGUCUACGUGUUCAACUCGAACAAGGAAGUUGUGGGUGUCGCUGGCGCUGUCCGCUUCCAGUGUAUCCCCCGCAAGUUGAUGGAUGUCAUGAUGCCCAAGCCCAAGGCUGCCGCUGGUGCUAAGGCUGCUGCUCCGGCCCCUGCCAAAGAAUCUCGCGCUAUCAAGGCCCCUACACCUGUCGAGUCUGUUGCCCCGGCUCACAUCGAGUUGCCUGCCCCCAAGGUGAAGGCCAAGAAACCCGCCAAAACCCCCAAGGUGAAGGCUCCUGCUCCUCCCAAGUCUGCGCCCUCCGGCAGCCUCGUCGCUCGCGCUUUCGACAUCAUCGCCAAAGAGAUCGAUGUUGACCAAUCUGAACUCAACGAUGAUAUCCAAUGGGCCGACAUGGGUGUCGACAGUUUGAUGUCCUUGACCAUCUCUGGCAAGUUCCGUGAGGACCUUGACCUCGAGGUUGACAACACCCUCUUCACUGACCAUGCUUCGGUGGGUGCACUUCGCAAACACCUCAGCGGCAUGUCGUUGCCAGAAGCGGCCAACGCGGGUGACGCAAGCUCGGUGGAAUCGACUGAUUCUGGUUCGGAAAGCGAUGAUGAGACUGUCGAGUCUGGAAUCACGACUCCAGACACAGAAGACUUCCCGGCCAAACAUCAGGACCAGGCCAAGUCUGCUGCCGUGGAGGCUGUGGCCCAACCACCAUCGUCUGGUGAGGAUAUGAUCGAAACCAUCCGCCAGGUUAUUGCCCAGGAAAUGGAGAUGGACCUGGCCGAGAUUACCGAGACGACCGAUCUCAGCAACCUGGGAAUGGACUCUUUGAUGGCACUUACCGUCCUCGGCAAACUCCGAGAGGAUUAUGAUAUUGAUCUCGACCCUACCAUCCUUGCUGACAAUCCAUCGCUCGGACAUUUGCGCAAGGCUCUGGGCCUCGAAAAGCAAAAAGUUGCACCUCCCACAGCACAAAAGCAUGAGGUCCGGACCAGCGUCGUCGUUGCACCCGCUGCUCCUCCUGUUGAGGUCGUUGUCCAAAUGCCUCCGGCCACCUCGGUGUUGCUUCAGGGUAACCCCAAGACAGCCACCAAGAACCUCUUCUUGUUCCCCGACGGAUCGGGCUCUGCCACUUCUUACGUGUCAAUCCCCGCCAUUGAUAGCAAGAACUUGGCUGUCUAUGGUCUCAACUGCCCGUUCAUGAAGGAUCCUACCAGCUAUACUUGCGGCAUUGAAGGUGUCUCCAAGCUCUACCUUGAGGAGGUGAUGCGCCGACAGCCCAUGGGUCCAUACAUCCUGGGUGGCUGGUCUGCUGGUGGUGUGGUCGCCUAUGAGGUCACACGCCAGCUCAGCGACUUGCAGAAGAUGCAUCCUGACCGCAACUACACGGUCGAGAAGUUGAUCUUGAUCGACUCGCCCUGCCCCAUCAGACUCGAGCCUCUGCCCGCUCGCCUGCACCACUUCUUCGACGAGAUCGGGCUUUUGGGAACCGGCACUGGCAAGACCCCCAACUGGCUGUUGCCUCACUUCGAGUACAGCAUCAAGGCUCUGACCGCCUACCGCCCGGAGUUGAAGUCGACGCACGACUUCAAGGCACCUCCCACGUUGCUCAUCUGGGCGACUGACGGUGUGUGUGGCAAGCCUGGAGACCCACGUCCUCCUCCACAAGCCGAUGACCCCAAGAGCAUGAAGUGGCUCUUGGAGAACCGAACUGACUUUGGCCCCAACGGCUGGGACAAGCUUUUGGGCGUUGAUGUGUGCAAGAUGGUGACGGUUGUUGGCAACCACUUUACGAUGAUGAAACCUCCAGUGGCCAAGGGCGUUGGUCAAUUCAUCCGCGAGGCUCUUUUGUCUUAG